GAGAUGAGAUUACUGAAGAUUAAAAACCAAGCAUGUUCUCGAUUUGACCACCAAUUGCACUUGUUUACUCAUUACUUGCCAUUUUCCAAACAACUGCUAUAUCUUGACACUUAGUUACUAGGCUUAUACAACGUUUCAAAAUACCUCAAGCCAUCAAGUUUACACUUUAGUGAUAGCCUACAUCGUUAGAUAACGCUUAUCUUAUUUUGAAAAACCUCCGAAGUGUCACUAUCUAACUGUCCUGCGGGUUGAGUGCAGAGAGGAGCUAAUGUUUGAAGAGAAGAGGACACGCUGAUAAUAUCCACGCGCGAGACUAUCCAGCGACCAUUUAACUGAAUGGUGACCCAACAAAGAUGGCUGGUACAGGAAUGUGUUGUGCCAGCCUGGAGGAGCCGAAGACCCUGAUGAAGAUGGGUCUGAGCAUGGUCCUCAUCGGUCACAUGAACUUCCUGUUGGGAGCGCUGGUGCACGGCGUGGUGCUCCGACACAUCAACCUCCACAAGCAGGCCCGCGCCAUGGAGUACGCCAUCUCCAACGUGGUCGCCCUCACCUGCGGCCUCGUAGGAAUUGUCGUUGGCAUUCUGGCUAUCAUCCUGUCGAAAAACAAGAAGAGCAAAGGCCUGACGUGGUCCCUUCUCACCGUCGGAGUGGUUGCAGCACUAAUGGCGGCGGCCUCGGCCAUUGGACUCUUCGUCUCCAUGGUGAGGACCAUCAUUCACGAUGGGCGGAGCCUCCUGACUCACUGCCGCUUCCCCGACGCCAUCGGCUACUCCAGCAUCACCAACGAGUGUCCUUUUGACCCCACGCGCAUCUAUAGCACCACCCUGAUCCUGUGGGUGCCUCUCAUCGUGACUUGUGUGAUCCAGAUGGUGUUUUCGGCCCGGUGCUCUGCUGUCUGCUUCUCGUUCCUGGGUCUACCUUGCUGCCCUAACAGGAAGAGGAGCAGGGACUUUGGCAGAUCGAUCAAUGUGGUGAGGCCGAUUGAGGAAGCUGCUCCCCCUCGCUACGCUGAACCUCCCAGAAGCUACGCAGAAUCUUCGAGAAGCAAUGCUGAAUCUCAGAGAAGCUACGCUGAAUCUCAGAGAAGCUACGCUCAGUCUUCAAGAAGCAACGCUGAAUCUCAGAGAAGCAAUGCUGAAUCUCAGAGAAGCUACGCUCAGUCUUCAAGAAGCAACGCUGAAUCUCAGAGAAGCUACGCUGAAUCUCAGAGAAGCUACGCUCAGUCUUCGAGAAGCUACAAUGAACCUCAGAGACAGCAGGGAAAACCUCCUCCUCUUCCCCAGCACCUUCCCAAACAUCAUCAGAGUCUUCCUCCCUCGGAUAGACGUCCCCUUCGCCCGCAGCACAAGGAAAGGUCAGACCGAGAGAGUCAGGAAACCAGAGCUGGCAGCCAGCAAAGGCCACCGGAGCAGCACAAACUUCUGGAGAGAGGAACGAUGGAGAGGUCCAGCUUCUGGAUUUAGACAAAUGGAACAUACCUAAAGACCAAAGGCAUCAUACUCAGCUCCCAAUGUUCCGUCAGAACUUCAACACUACGAGCUCAAAGCUGGGUAUGUUUUAAUUAACAGUGCCGAUGUUUGAAAUAUUGGAAGCUCAGGGUCUCUAUUCAUAUCAGGACAGACAGAUGAGGAAAAUCCUUCAAAGUGAGGACAUGGUGCCUGUUCAUUCAGAAGAGGAACAAGAGUUUGGCAUUUUGGAGAAUUUAUUGUCUCGCUUUCUUGCCCGAGAGGUAAAUAAGAAGAUUGAUGUCGCUCACGUUUCUGUCGGACAGCUACCAACACCUCUACAGCUCACUAAUUACCAACAAGUUUUCCAUUUGAUUCAUUUGUUUUUGCACCGAUGAUUGGUAUCGAUCUUCACGUCUAACUCUCGGGAAGUAAUCAAUAACAUGAAUUUGUUUUUAAUGUUUUAUUUAACACAUAUAAUGGAGGCAGGUACAGUAGAAACAGUCCUCACAACUCAAGUGAACAGAGUGCCUUCAUUAUUUGUAUUCUGUUUUUAUUAAGGAUGGAGAUGUCUGAGUGAAUGAGUGUAAGUGUGUAUGCUUUUGUUCUGAUGUUGGUUCCCUACUGCAAGUGUUUUAUAUUUAUUACAUUCAACAAGUAAAUAAAGUUUCUAUUCCUAAUUCUG